AUGGCAAUGUUACCGGUUGCAUCUUUAGAUAAUUAUCACAAUGUUCGUAUCAUCGUCAAGCUCGACAACAACACUUUCAAAAUCGACCAAUUACCCACAUUUACCAUCGAUAUUACUAUGGUAAACGUGAAGGGAGAAUGGAAUCUAAACACAAGAGAUGACUUCAUUAUUGAUGCUGAGAUUGGUCCAAGAAUUUCAACCCGAUUCAAACACCUUCACAAACAUGAGAUGAUAUAUCGUGUUCGAGAAUGGCUCCGUCGAUCUGAUGUGCAAUUGGAUGCAAGGACACAAGUACAAGAUUCCAUCGAAAGCAUGCUAGUGAAAAGUAAAAUUGUUUGUCGUUUCUUAAUGCAUUGUUUUUUAAAAUACGACAUAUACGAUAUCAUGGAUGAGAAUAAGUCCAAAGCUUCGGAAAAGGAAGAAAAAGAAACUUGCACAAUUUGUCUCGAGAAUUACAAUAUAGGAGAGGAUCUUAAUAAGAUGCAACAUUGCAAUCAUCAUUUUCACAAUUGUUGCAUUACCAAUUGGAUGAAGAAGAGCAAUUUAUGUCCUUUGUGUCGGGAACCAAUAAUUUCUUACAUGUAUUAG